AUGCUUAAAGCCGUAAUAUUGAUCGGCGGACCGUCUAAAGGCACUCGAUUCCGUCCCCUUUCGCUGGAUGUACCCAAACCACUUUUUCCCGUGGCUGGCCUACCUGUUGUUCAGCACCACAUAGAUGCGUGUUAUCGUCUGGGUCAACAACGCAAUUCUAAUCCACAAGAUGAUAGUAAGAGCAAUGUCAGAAAAUAUUGUGUAGCAGAGGUGCUUUUAUUGGGAUAUUACGCAGAUGAUGAACUGGCAGACUUCUUACUUACUGCCACUCAGAGUUAUCCAUCACUGAGAAUCAGGUACCUACGCGAACCUGGUGCUUUGGGUACAGCUGGUGGCCUAUAUCAUUUUCGUGAUACGAUUCUUGCUCCGUUAGGCAAUAGUGAUGGCAGUGAAGGUGAACAAGUGCAGGCAUUUUUUGUAAUGAAUGGUGAUGUUUGUGCUGAUUUUCCAUUAGAUGAGAUGCUUGAUAUGCACUUCAGUAAUAAUAGUCUUCAGUCACAGCAUCAACAAAAACAACCAGUGCUAAUUACUGUUAUGGCUACUGAAACCACUCGUCAACAAUCUGUUCACUAUGGAUGCAUGGUUGUAGACAAAGAAACAAAUAUCAUACAACAUUAUGUUGAGAAGCCAUCUACAUUUGUUUCAAAUACAGUGAACUGUGGUGUUUAUUUGUGUUCUCCACGGUUAUUUGAUACUAUAGCAGAAAUUCAUUUAGAAAUGUCCAACAGUAAUGGAAAUGGUACUCAACAACAUACCACCAGGUAUACUAGCAGUAAUAAAAAUAAUAUUAACCAACAGCAGCAACAAAAGCCGACUGAAGAACGAGUUGCUGCUGCCAUGGUCAUGUGGAUGGAGCAAGAUGUGCUACGUAGACUAGCAGGAGAAUCUGGAAGUGGUUGCAGUAGUGGUGGUGAUGGUGGUAGCAGAAUAAAGAAGGAUGCUGUAUGUAGUGGAGUGGCAUUGGCAGCAACCACACGUAACUGGUGGUCCCAAUUAAAGACUGCUGGUGCAGCAAUCUAUGCAAAUCGUCACUACUUAGCGUUGCGCCAACAACGGCAACGGUUACUUCAACGAGAAUCAAUUGAUUUACCAUUGCCUUCACCAGUAAAAUGUCGAUUAGCAACUUCAGAUCCUAAAGGUGGAUAUUCAACAAUUGGAAAUGUGUAUGUGCAUCCGUCAGCUCAAGUGCACCCAACUGCAUUACUAGGUCCAAAUGUAAGUGUAGGGGAAGGAGCAUGUAUUGACCAAGGUGUACGUAUUAAGGAGUCUAUUGUGCUACAAGAUGCUGUCAUUGGUCAACAUAGUCUGGUGAUGCACAGUAUUAUUGGUAGACGUGCUAAAGUUGGUGCUUGGUGCCGUGUAGAAGGUAGUGCAGCGUGCUCGGACCCUAAUCCUAAUGUGGCAUAUGCCAAAAUGACACCUCAGCUGCCCUUAUUUAACGCCUUAGAUGGUCGCCUCAAUCCAUCCAUAACUAUACUUGGUUGUGGAGUCAACGUCGAAUCUGAGGUGGUAUUAUUGAACAGCAUUGUGUUGCCUUACAAGACGUUAACCAGAAGUUAUAAAAACGAAAUAAUAUUGUGA